AUGUUGUGGGAUGGCACAGUGUGGGAUGGAACAGUGCAGGAUGACACGGUGCAGGAUGGUGUGGUGCUGGAUGGCACAGUGUGGGAUGGUGCAGUGCAGGAUGGCACAGUGUGGGAUGGUGCAGUGCAGGAUGGCACGGUGCAGGAUGGCGUGGUGCAGGAUGGCACAGUGUGGGAUGGCACAGUGCAGGAUGGCACGGUGCAGGAUGGCACAGUGUGGGAUGGUGCAGUGCAGGAUGGCACGGUGCAGGAUGGCACAGUGUGGGAUGGUGCAGUGCAGGAUGACACGGUGUGGGAUGGCACAGUGCAGGAUGACACGGUGCAGGAUGGUGCGGUGCGGGAUGGCACAGCACGGAGCGACAUAGCGCGGGAUGACGCGGGACACAGCGCACUAUGUCGCGAUACGGGGCGACGUGCCACACCCUCUGCCGCGCCGCGGGGGGAGGCGUGUCCCGGGGCGUGUCCGUGUCCCCCGUCGAGGCGUGUCCCGGUCCCUGCGUGUCCCGGGGGGUGGAGCGUGUCCCGCGCG